AUGGCUUAUCGAGGAAGCCAGCAGGGGUACAACCGGCAACCACCUGCGAUGUACCAAGCACGCCACCACCAAGGCUACAACAAUGGCUACGGUUAUCCUCACGAUUAUCCGUCUCCUUGGCGCUUCCAGCCUCACUAUCAAGCGCCCCCAGACAGAUCAGUAGCUCGGAGUCGACCGUACAGCAACCACAGCACACAGCAGUAUAAUUCAUCCCGCCCACAACACCCCACACACUCAUCACAGCCGUCGCAUACUGGAAACCACCACCACCAACAGCAACACCAGCAACAACAACAGAGGCAAAAGCGCAGAGCUGACCCGCAAGCUGUUAAAAAAGAGCAAGACCGUAGAGACGAUUUGAUAGCUCUUGAGAAAGAGCGCAGACUGCUGCUGUCGCGUACUAACCCUCACAUCAAGCACUUUGAACCUUACUUCAACCAGGCUGAGGCGGAAAUUUUGUCACAAAGGCAGCAUGGCAAGUUUUCCCAUAGACAAGCUGGUGAGAUUAAGAGGUUUUCAACGGCUUUUAUAGAGAAAUUGGGCAAUCAACUCGGUUUCCCUAGAAGAACAAUAGCUACAGCACAGACAUUAUAUACAAGAUUCCAUCUAUUUUACCCUAUUAAAGACUUUAAUCCGCAUGACGUCGCUGUCGUGGCUACCUUUAUCUCUGCAAAGAUGCACGAUACUCUCAAGAAACUUCACCAGGUGGUAGCAGUAUCGAUGCACAUAAGAUUCCCUGAAAAGUAUAAAAGCCCCUCUAUCGAUGAUAGUGUCUUUGAGACAGAGAAAAAGCGAUUACUGCCGAUUGAGCGACUACUCCUCGAAUCCAUAUCCUUCUCUUUCAAACUGAAGAGACCAUUUGAUAUUUUGAUUAAGCUUUGCAGGCUUUUGAAAGAACUUCUCCAAGACCUGUUGGAAGGUCCUUGCAGACUCACAUCGGACACUCGCACCACUGCUGCAUUCACCCCAUACUCUCGCACUGUCGUCGAUUUAUCUCACGAGUAUACUUGUCGAAACAGAUCACCAACACCAAGAGACGAGUAA